AUGUGCAUAUACGGAGGGACUACGUGCGCAGUGAUCGCGAGCAACAAUCCUGAAGUUGUCGUCACUGUUGUGGACCUGAACGCUGAGCGAAUCAAGGCCUGGAGUUCAGAUGAGCUGCCGAUCUACGAGCCUGGCCUAUUGCAUCUUGUGAAGAAAGCACGAGAUGGCGCUCGACGAAAUCUCUUCUUCUCCAAAAGCAUCAGUAGUGCCAUCAUCGAAGCAGAUCUGAUCUUCAUGUGCGUCAACACUCCGACGAAGCAAACCGGCCCCGGCGCUGGACAGGCGUUAGAGCUGGAUUAUCUCGAAGGAGCUAUUAGGAGAAUCGCGGAAGUGGCGCAGAAUGACAAAAUCAUAGUCGAGAAGAGCACAGUUCCAUGCCGGACAGCUGAAACCAUCCGAGAGAUCCUCGACACCACAGGACGGCCCGGCGUCAAGUUUUCUGUCCUGUCGAACCCAGAGUUUCUGGCCGCGGGCACAGCCAUUGCUGAUCUGCUACAACCGGACCGUGUCCUGAUUGGCUGUUCAAAGACCCCAGACGGAUACAGUGCUGCUGGUGCGCUAGCAGACGUCUACGCUGCAUGGAUGCCACGCGAUCGGAUCAUCACAAUCAAUCUCUUCUCGGCGGAGUUGACGAAGCUUGCAGCCAAUGCUUUACUGGCACAGCGCAUCAGCAGCAUCAAUUCGUUGAGCGCAAUCUGUGAAGCCACCGGCGCGGACAUCGAGGAGGUCACCUAUGCGUGUGGACUCGAUAGCCGGAUAGGACCAUCCAUGUUCAAGGCUUCCGUUGGCUUUGGCGGCUCAUGCUUCAAGAAGGACAUUCUAAGCCUCUGCUACAUCUCCGAAUUUCUAGGCUUGGCUGAGGUCUCGGCGUACUGGAAAAGCGUCAUCGACAUCAACGAAUACCAAAAGGACAAGUUCACCAGCAGAAUUGUCUCAUGUCUGGGCAACACAGUUACGAAGAAGAAACUCGCUGUCCUCGGGUUUACCUUCAAGAAAGACACCGACGACACCCGCGAAAGCGCCGCAAUCUCCGUCGUGAGUAGGCUGGUUGCAGAAGGUGCGCAUGUCAGCAUCUACGACCCAUGCGCCAAAACGGAUCAGAUCUGGCGCGAUAUAGGCACUUAUGUCACGGUCUGCGAGAGCGCCUAUGAGGCUUGCAUGAACGCGCAGGCUGUCAUCAUCCUCACGGAAUGGGACGAGUUCAACAACAGAGUGACUACGGAUGCACAGCGCUCGUCGGACAGGCUUCGCGGCCCUCAGCCAGGGUUCGUAAACCUUAUCCGCUCGAAGCUUGAUUGGCCUUUGGUUGCCGACAUCAUGUGCCCUCCGAAGUAUGUUUUUGACGGAAGGAAUGUCGUUGAUGCUGGCAAACUCGAAGAGCUUGGGUUCCGCGUUGAGUGUGUCGGCAAGCCAAGCAUGUCCUAG